CCUAUUCACCUUGGUCGCCUCUGCUCUUCUGCUGCUCUUCAACAAGUCUCAUCGCGGUUCCUCCGCUCUCCCGCUUCGUCUUCCCACGCGCUGUUCAUCUUCGCCCAUAGGAAGCCGUCGCUUACCUCCUCCCUUAGCACCGCUUUCCCUCAAGGCUCUCAUCCCAUUUCUGUGCGUCAUCAUCUCUCCCCUUCUCGAUCCCAACAGCUGGCUGUGUCGGACAUUACCUCUGGAGACAUCGAAUUAUUCUGUACCCCGCAUUCACUUAUCGUUUUUUGACUAUCUGCUUCGGGAGCGGCCUAUUCACCAAACAAAUUCUCCUCUUGAUUUGACUGGAUCUUAUUCAAACUAGUGCGUCAACAAGGAGUGGAUUUACACUGGUUGACAUGGACGACUUUCUUGACGAUGAUGCGUUGCUGGCCAUGGUUGGCGAUGAGUCGGAGGGGAAGGAUGAGGCAGCCGAUUCUACCAGCGGCGACCGCGAGAGAUCAAGCUCGCCUGCCGCCGCUCGCUCUCCGACGCCCGAACAAUCAUCCCCUCGCGAGUCAACCGAAACCUCCAAAACACAACCUCGACGUGGCGUCGCUACUAAAAUGCCUUCUAAAGGUACUGCACGCCGUCGCAAAACCGAAGAGUCCGACCGUGAAGACGAAGCCUCCUCCUUGCCUGGCUCUCCAGUAUCACUGGGAUCUGACGCUAUGGAUGAGUCCGACUCGGAUGCAUCGCCAGCCGAAUACUUAGACGCUACAACUAACGAUGUUCCAUAUCCUCUGGAGGGCAAGUAUAAGAACGCUGCGGACAAGGCGUAUGUUCUCAGCUUGACCGAGGUCGAGCGCGAACAGGUGUUAGCGGAGCGUGAAGAAGAAGCUGCAGCUAAGCGGCGAGAGAUGCAACUGAAAAACCUUCUCGACUCGAAGGAAGCUGAGAAGUCGCGUAAACGCAAGGCAGCUGCUGAGAUGGACGACGAGCGUCGUCCCUCGCGCGCAAAGACUUCCCGUGAGAAGGUCCUCGAUGCGUACAAGACACAACGAGAGCAAGCAAAAGAGGGUGGUCGACGACGUCAACUCGGUCGGAGCACACGCCGCUCUCGGUCUCGCUCGGUGGCUUCUUCUCGCGAUGCCAGCGGUUCGCCUGACAUCGAAUAUCCUGUGGGUGCACCCCAAAAAGAGACGGACCAACCUGCCGAGUUGGCCGAUAUCGAGCGCAUUCGUGUCGGCCGCACGAGACUUGCGAAAGUUUGCUUCUUCCCCAAGUUCGAAGAGACCAUGAUCGGCUGCUUCGUACGUGUGUGCAUUGGCCAAGACGCAAAUCGACAGCCUGAAUAUCGCAUGACUGUCAUUAAGAGCAUCGUGACUGGCACUCCUUACCUGGUCGAUGCCUCGCCGGCCGUCCAACCCUUCUACACAGACCAGUACGUUUUGCUUGCACAUGGAAAAGCUCAGAAGCAGUGGUCGUUCAUGCAUUGUUCCGACUCCAAGUUCACAGAAAAAGAGUUCAACCGUUGGAAGCAACAGCUGACCGUAACCGACGGCUUGCCUUUGACCAUGAAAUCGGAGACAGACAAGAUCUGCGCUAAGAUUAAUGCGCUACUAGACCACCACCUGACGUCAGAAGAGAUCAACGAGAAGAUCGCCAAACGUGAAAAAUACAAGCAUCUGUUUGCUACCUCAGCUGCUUCCGCACCUGUCAAGCGUACACAGAGCGAUGACGCAGCUGAGAAGCUUCGUCUUCGUAACGAGAAGAUCCGCAAGCAGAAUACUGCGGAUGUCAGAAAGGCGUUAGUCGCGGAACAAGCUAAACGUCGCGCCCGUAUGAAGGCACAGAUGGCACAAAGUCGACCAGCUGCUUCGAACACAGCAACUCCACCAGCUGCUGAUACGUCCAACUCGCUAGCCGUCCCUAGUAACGAUUUUGACGACCUCUUCUCAGGGGGAAGCGACGUUAGCCGCGCUGCAUCUCCUGCUGUGGGCUCUCCCGCUCCUGCUGUUCAGAACUCGACCACGUCAGUGUCGCAAAGUGGUACAAAUACCCCACACAAGCAUAAACCUGGUCGCUUCACAAAGAUGACAAUGGAUGACGAUAUCAUCAGCAGUAUGGAUUUGGCUAUUGAUAUUGAGAUCUGAUCGUGGCCUCGUUCGAUCUUAUCAAUGGGGUUUCCAGAGAGAUUCUUCAUAAAACCAAUACUAAAUUUACGACAAAAUACUCACGCGCUCAGAGUUGAGAAAGCCAAUCUUGCGUCCAGCAACUUGAUGCUCAGCUUCAAAAGAGGGAGGCUUUCAAAUUAUUACGGCGAAAUAACAUGGGCUACAUCUUAGAUCUUUAGUUGCUACGAUCACAAAAGUGGCACUUUGCUUCAGGGACUCUGCAUUGUUUCCUUCCAGAUCAUCGAGUAUCCAAGAAGAUAAAUGGGACAGCAUUGAAGUCAAGGCAAGGGCGCAUUGAAUUGGACUGCUACGGCAGUUGGAAAGACUAAUGUCUAGAUACCAGAAUGGAAGGUUCUCUGCAUUGCGUUCUGGCUUUCAACUUCGACAUCUUUUUAUUGCUUUUAUGCAUCUGCCCUGCCAUGUCCAUUUAUCUCAUCAACACUAUUGAUUCGCUCAACAACAGGCUUCUCAAUUUGUUCGUUGUGAUAUGUCUCCGCAACGGUUGUGGCACGAAGCUGACCGCCCUUGCGACCGAUCUGCCACCAUGGAAGUUGGAAGAUGGCAUCCACAGCUUCGAGACUGCGGCCACUCAGCUCUGGUACGAACCACCACACCCACACGAGUCCAAGGAACGUAACGGCACUAAAGAAAAACCUAAAGAGAGAUUGAAGCGUUAGCUUUGCAUUAUCGACGAGUAUCAAAAUCGCAAGGACUGCGCUUACAUCGUUCCAUAAUAUGUCAUGUCAAUGAACAUAGAAGGCACGGCCUUGGAGUUGCCAUACUGAUUGGCAAAGUGAACUGUCAUAGCGAUGCUACCGCCUAUUGCUCGUAGCCUCAGGGGGUAUAUUUCGCUAUUGAUGAGAUAUUGCACGCUGUUCCAGCCCUAGAGACUCUUAACAACCUUUUCCAGGGUGCUUCCUAAGCACGAUCGGGAUAACAAGGACUUACCAUAGCCCAGCCAAAUCCACUAAGAUAUAUGAAGACAAUUGCACCGGUUGCGGCUUUUUUUUGACUCGGACUCUGGACAAUGUUUUUGUCACCAACAGUCUGGUCAAUUACAAGAAACAAGGCCAUAUAGAGCAUGGACACGAACUGCAACGAGAUACCAAUAUACAAUGAUCUUUUGCGUCCGAUGAAGUCGAUAAGGAACGUGGCACAGAUGAUAGCCGAAACAAAUUUCACCACGCCGAAGAUUGCUGUCGCGAAAAGCUUCUCAUUUUGCCCGGUAGUGCCGACCAUUUCGAAGUAUCUGGGUGCGUAGAUGGUGAUGCUAUUGGCGCCGGACCAUUGCGCAAGUAUUUGAGACAUGAAAGACAACAUGAUUCGAUAACGAUUCGCGGGAAUGAACAAAAGCUCCUUUACCAUUCCCAAUUUUGAUGCUCCCAUGGUAGCCUCGCGUUCCCGAUCCAAUUCGUCGUUGAUGUCAAUGAUCUCGGACUGUACAUAGGGGUGCUCAACGGGGAGCUGGCGCAACUUGCUCAAGUUCCUGGCUGCUUGUUCAUGCCUGCCCACUUUAAUGAGCCAGCGCGGAGAUUCGAUUGCAAAAAAGGACAAGAAAAGGAUGAUACCUGCGAACAUGAUGUGCAAGCUGUUUGGUACGAGCCAUUGCGCCUGGUCAUGGUUUGAUAUAUGGAUAGAACUUCCCCAGCUUGCAAAGUACGACAGCAUGAUUCCAAGGUAAACGCUACCUGCGAACACGCACACGCAAAGGCCACGGAUCGCACGAGGCGCUGUUUCAGCGAGAUAAGUCGGUGCAACAAUCGUCGUCUGGCCAAUGCCAACCCCAGCGAUGAAUCUCCCAGAGUAAACCAUGCCCAUGUUGCCUGAUGGAGCUGAACCCAGGAAUAUCGUGAUGCCCAACACCCAAACUGCACACAGCUGGACCGUCGCUAGUUUCCGGCCGAGCUUAUCAGCAAGAUAGAAGCCGAUGAGCGCACCGAGGAUCGAACCCAGCUGGACCAUUGACGUGAUGUUUCCAAUGGUAUUGGCAAGUUCAUGUUUGCUCAGCGAUGGGUCAUCAAGGCCAAAACGGUGACGGAAAGAAACCUGCUCGACCGAUGUGCCGAUUAAGCCUUCAUCUAAACCUCGAGCCGCGCCCAUAAGCCCGAAUCUGAUGUUUGUGAGACUUCAUUGAUCCCAUCACAUAGUGACAGAUGUACUAACACAAAAACCCCAUACCAAAGUCGCCAGUUGGAGACCUCUUUCGGAGUGUCCUUGAGCUUUUUGCUGAACACCAUGAUAUCGUUGGAUCCUCUCUUUCUGUGCUCAGCUGCAUUACGUCUGGGUUACCUCGCACUUAUAUAUUCCCCAGUCACAAUGCAGCAAGGCGAUCCGUAGCUUUGUGAAGGACAUCCCAGGCUGGUGGCAACCAUCCUGCAGGCGUAAAAUGACUAGUAGUUGAUGAAGCAACGGUAAACGUACCGUAUGGUCUGACAGCAUGCGCCCGAAUUCGGAUGGGGAUUGAUAUUCACAAGCAGGGGGGACCACAAGCGCCGCUCUGUCCCCUGUAUCUUGAACAUCUUCUUCAGACCUUAAAUCUGAAGGAAAAACCCCUGCUCAAGCACUAAUAAGAAUUCCGAAGCAUUCUC